ACAAAAAUCUCGAUUCUCGUUCAAAACAAAGCACGAUUUUGUUGCAAAACGUUUAGCUGUGUUUUUUCCAAUAAUUUGAAGCACUUUAAUAGGUACUUUGGUGAUCGCACGAUUGUAAAAUGGCCCACAUUCCGGCUACAUCAUUAGGCAGCAAAAGCAAGAAACACUUCCUAGGCGUUCCAGCUCCCCUGGGUUACGUCGCCGGUGUUGGACGCGGUGCCACUGGGUUUACCACACGAUCGGAUAUUGGUCCAGCUCGCGACGCUAAUGAUGUUUCCGAUGACCGUCAUGCACCCCCGGCAGCAAAAAGGAAGAAAAAAGAGGAGGAGGAAGAGGACGAUGAAGAUUUGAACGAUUCCAACUAUGACGAAUUCAGUGGCUACAGUGGAUCCUUGUUCUCAAAGGAUCCGUAUGAUAAGGAUGACGCAGAGGCAGACGCAAUUUACGAAAGUAUCGACAAACGCAUGGACGAGAAACGAAAGGAGUAUCGUGAGAAACGAUUGAAAGAGGAUUUAGAGCGUUAUCGCCAGGAACGGCCAAAAAUUCAACAGCAGUUUUCCGACUUGAAGCGUAAUUUGAUCGCAGUUAGUGAAGACGAAUGGGCUAAUUUGCCAGAGGUGGGUGACAGCCGGAACAAGAAGCAACGAAAUCCUAGAGCAGAGAAAUUUACCCCUCUGCCAGAUAGUGUUUUGUCGAGAAAUUUGGGUGGAGAAUCGACCAGCACAAUUGACGGUAGAUCUGGCCUAGCUUCAAUGAUUCCUGGGGUAUCGACUCCCGGUAUGCUUACCCCAAGCGGUGAUCUCGAUUUGCGUAAAAUUGGACAGGCGAGAAACACUCUGAUGAAUGUGAAAUUGUCACAGGUUUCGGAUUCAGUUGCCGGUCAGACCGUGGUGGAUCCGAAGGGAUAUCUAACGGAUCUUCAAAGCAUGAUCCCCACUUAUGGCGGAGAUAUUAACGAUAUAAAGAAAGCAAGAUUAUUGUUAAAAAGUGUUCGUGAAACCAAUCCAAAUCAUCCACCGGCUUGGAUUGCUAGUGCUCGGUUGGAAGAAGUUACCGGCAAGGUUCAAAUGGCACGGAAUUUGAUAAUGCGGGGCUGCGAAGUUAAUCCGCUAAGCGAAGAUCUUUGGCUAGAGGCAGCACGUUUGCAGCCUCCGGAUACCGCUAAGGGAGUCAUUGCUCAAGCUGCCCGCCAUAUUCCGACAUCGGUGAGAAUUUGGAUAAAGGCAGCCGAUUUGGAAACUGAAGUCAAAGCCAGGAGACGGGUGUUCCGAAAGGCUUUGGAGCAUAUUCCAAAUUCUGUCAGAUUGUGGAAGGCUGCUGUUGAGCUGGAGAACCCUGAGGAUGCAAAAAUUCUGCUGUCGAGAGCGGUGGAAUGUUGCAACACAAGUGUUGAGCUGUGGUUGGCUUUGGCGCGAUUGGAAACUUACGAAAAUGCUCGUAAAGUGUUGAACAAAGCUCGUGAAAAUAUUCCAACCGAUAGGCAGAUCUGGACAACUGCCGCCAAAUUGGAAGAAGCUAAUGGAAACAUUCACAUGGUGGAAAAGAUUGUUGAUCGUGCUUUGAGCUCGCUUAGUGCUAAUGGUGUUGAGAUCAAUAGAGAUCAGUGGUUGCAAGAGGCGAUGGAAUCGGAGAAAUCGGGUGCUAUUAAAUGCUGCCAAGCGAUUGUAAAAGCCGUUAUUUCCGUCGGAGUUGAAGAGGAAGAUCGUAAACAAACUUGGAUUGACGAUGCCGAUCACUGCGCAAAGGAAGGAGCUUUCGAGUGUGCCAGAGCCGUUUAUAAUUUUGCACUGUCGGAAUUUCCAUCUAAAAAGAGCAUUUGGCUGCGGGCUGCAUAUUUUGAGAAAAAUCAUGGAACACGUGAAAGUCUCGAAUCACUUUUGCAAAAAGCCGUUGCUCAUUGUCCUAAAUCCGAAGUUCUAUGGCUUAUGGGUGCCAAAUCAAAAUGGUUAGCUGGGGACGUGCCGGCUGCUCGUGGAAUUUUGUCGCUUGCCUUCCAAGCUAAUCCAAACUCUGAAGACAUUUGGCUUGCCGCCGUUAAGCUGGAAUCUGAAAAUUCUGAAUAUGAACGAGCACGGCGUUUGCUUGCCAAGGCCAGAGCCUCUGCACCCACUCCAAGAGUCAUGAUGAAGUCGGCCAAACUGGAAUGGGCGUUGGACAAUUUGGAAGAUGCUCUCAGUCUGCUGGAGGACGCUGUGAAAGUUUUUCCUGAUUUUGCCAAACUCUGGAUGAUGAAAGGGCAGAUUGAAGAGCAGAAAAAUUUGCUUGAACGGGCAGUAGAGACUUAUAACUCCGGACUGAAGAAGUGUCCCAAUUCGAUUCCGCUAUGGUUGCUCUUGUCAUCACUUGAAGAAAAACGCAAACUGCUAACAAAAUCGCGAUCAGUCCUAGAACGUGGUCGGUUGAAAAACGCGAAGAACUCUAUUCUUUGGCUAGCAGCCAUCCGCAUCGAAAUUCGUGGUGGAUUCAAGGACAUGGCCAACACGUUGAUGGCACGUGCCCUGCAGGAUUGUCCAAAUGCCGGUGAGCUGUGGGCUGAAGCGAUUUUCCUUGAACCACGGCCCCAACGCAAAACCAAAUCAGUUGAUGCGCUCAAAAAGUGCGAACACGAUCCACACGUGCUGCUGGCCGUUUCCAAACUUUUUUGGAGUGAACGCAAAAUUCAAAAGUGUCGCGACUGGUUCAAUCGUACGAUUAAAAUUGAUCCAGACUUUGGUGAUGCGUGGGCGUAUUUCUACAAAUUCGAGUUGCAGCAUGGUACGGAGCAGCAGCAGAAAGAGUUGCUCGAACGCUGUGUGGCUGCUGAACCAAAACAUGGAGAGGAAUGGUGCAGGGUGAGUAAGGAUAUCGCCAACUGGUGCUUCAAAACGGACGAGGUUUUGAAAGCAGUGGUUAAAAUAUUACCUACCCCGAUCUAGAGAAAUAUGAAUGUCGCUAGAAAUUCCUCCUAAGGUAAGUUUUGGGACGAAUUUAAAUUUAGUAAACGUUCUGUACUAAUCA